UAUUUAUAUACCCCCCCCCCCCCACAAACACUUUUUCCCCUCACUGCGCACCUCCUCUCCGGGAAAUCCGAGGCGAGUUGGAGGAACAGUUUUCUGCACGCAGCGGAGUUGCGCCGGCAGAACCCCGGUGGCUCUCCGCCUGAAGUCGAACUGGUCUCGAGCGAAGCGUUUGGUGCAAAGUCAUUGAUCUGACUGUCAACGCGCAGCGUGAGCAGGGCAUCGACGUUUUUUUUUUGUUUUUUGUUUUUUAAAAGGAGAGAAAGACAUUUCAUUGAGUCCCAAACCACCGAGCAGGGGGCUGCACCUGUGAAGCGGACCAACAUUUCACCGCCACAUCCGCCAGAACACCUUUAAAAACCUGAUCCACCGGACAGGGACUGUACUCGAUUUGGCUUCAUCGGAGUUCCAGAGCCAGUAUGCCGCAGGUGGAAAUGAUCUUCUUCCUCGUCCUCGUCGUAGUGGUGUGCGUGUACGGCCAGGACCCGGCUUCCAAGGUGGUGUCCGACCGCUACGCCGUCUACUGGAACCGGACCAACCCCAAGUUUUACCGUGGCGAUUACCACAUCGACGUCUGCAUCAACGACUACCUCGACGUCUACUGUCCGCACUACGGCCCGGUCUCUGAUGACCGGGCCGAGCGCUACAUCCUCUACAUGGUGAACUACGAUGGCUACAGCUCGUGCGACCACACCGCCAAGGGCUUCAAGCGCUGGGAGUGCAACAGGCCUCUGUCGCCCAACGGGCCGCUGAAGUUCUCCGAGAAGUUCCAGCUCUUCACUCCCUUCUCCUUGGGCUUUGAGUUUCGCCCGGGCAGAGAGUACUAUUACAUCUCCUCCAUCACCGACGACAAGGGGAGAAGGAGCUGCCUUCGACUCAAAGUCUUCGUCAGGCCUCAAAACAAUUGUGUGAAAAGCCCGGGCACCGUGCAGGAAGGGGUCGAUUUUGACGACAACAGUCCAAACUCCCUAGAACCCAGAGACGGCAUCGGCCACGAGUCACCAGAGCCGGCUCGAAGGGACGUAAACUCCGCCGGUCGGCGCAGCAGUUCGGCCCUCCUGCUCAGCUCCGCCCUCAUACUCUUGGCUGCCAUCUUGUCUUUAUAGCGCCCAGUCUGAGGAGUCCCCCAGGAACGGACUGUCCUGAUUGGACCAGAGGCCACCCUACCCUGCAACCCACCCCCCCUCAAGGAGCACUUUUUGAAAUAAUAAUACAAAAUAAAAAAAACACACUGACAAUCUCUCUCUCUCGGUGAGCAGAGAGAGGGAGGGACUUCGACGCCGAAGCCUUUGUUGUUUUUUGGACUCGACAACUAGAGUGAUUCUUGACUUUUUGAUGGGUGCCGACGGCCGAGGCGCCCCGAGGUUAAAAGAGGCGCAGUCUCUCACCCGUUGGCCGAUAUUAAAGACGAGCACACGUACAUGCUUUCAAACAUAUACACGCGCAGAACACAAACUACACAGCCAGUGAGUACUCUCUUCAGCUUGAAUGGCAAAGAAGCACAGCAGGAUCCCUCAAAAGUUUACAGACUUUUAACUUUUUUUAAAUUUUUUUUUAAGUUUAGGACGACAUCACGUAACCCCCGACAUGCAACAAGAUUUUUAAAAAAAUUCACGUCAAAGUGAAAGAAGGUUUUUGCAGAAUACCCGGGAGCAACGCGUCACAUACAGGCCGACGGAAAUACAAAAAGAAAGGAGAUGGAUGUUGUCACUAAGAGAUGGUUGCCGAGGGCGUGGGCCUUUGAUGACUUAACCUUCCUCUCAGGUUAUAAAGCAGUCGGAUGUUGAGAGUAAAGAAGUUUAUAGAAGCACUCAUCUUUUAGUGUUUGGAUAGGGCCGAAUUAAUGAUCGAUUAAUAGUGUUUGUUUCUGUUUUAGUUUUUUUUUUUACAAUUCACCUAAUUCAAUUGUAGCAGCCAACACGGGUGUACAGUAAAAUAUUUGAAGUGGAUAUGGUAUUUUGCCAGGCAAAAUGUAUUUUCCUAUUUAUUGUGAAGUCCUCGUGCUUUUUUUCUGUUCUGGUUUAGUCUGAGUACAUUAGAAAGGCAAUAAAAAAAAUUAAAAAAAACAACCACACUUACCCAUUAAGUUAGUUCACAUUACACCGUUGUUUUGAUACAAUCAAACAAAAAAAACACUGAGAACGGUCUAUGUAUCUGUUUUGGAUUGAUCGCUGA